CACACACAUAUUUAAAAAUGAAUUUUCGGACUAGGAACAAUCAAAAUUUGUUUUUCUGUUCAAUAAAUUAAGCUUUAUAGGAUUAGCUUAUUUACCAUGUCUAUAAGUCGAAUCGCGGAAAUAUUUUUCCGUAAGUCCUUGCUUAAAGGCUUUUCUCUUCUAUCCAAUUCUAUGGACCGAAUGUAUUUAUCGAAUACAACGUUAAGAAGCAUACAUCGCAUUUCACUAAGGCAUAAAUCUAAUAAUGAUACUUCAGAUAAAAAGAAAAGAAACUCUUGUGAUGAGUAUAAAACAGUAUUGGAAAAACGGAGUUCUAACAAAAAACAUCGUGAAGACAUUAUUCGAAGAAGAAAAGAAAAGAAGCUACUGAAAACAUACGAGAAAACGUGCAUUAACGAUGAACUGAAAACGUGGAUGAAACAAUUUAAGCGUUUGACUAAAAAUGAUGAUAGUGUGAUGAAAGACCUUAUGAUUUGUGUGACAAAGGGUAUAAAACUUGCCUGCAGAAAAUUAGCCAAGAGAAAACUGCGUUUAGAGAAGGAUCGUGAAGAACAUUGCAAAUUGCUGGCCAAUUCUGCAAUUAUCAAACAACUAUUAAGGCAGUGCGAAACUAUAAAACAAUUUCAUAAGAUUCAAGAAAAUACAUCAAGUAUGUCCGGGUCCCAAAAAAACUCUGGUCAGAAUAUCAAAUUAAAAACACCACUUAAGUCGCAGGCGAAAAAACAUACUUAUAAAAGAGGUAAGAAUACAUAUAAGGGUCUAAAAGAAAAUCCUAAUUUAAACGCCGUAUCCACUAAUAAAGGAAAUAAAUCCAAUAAAAAGAAUCUCUAUAUGUUGAACUUGGAAAGGUGCAUUGAAAAUGAAUGGAAAAAUGUCUGUAAAAUUAAGAAUACAUUGUCUACUACUCAACAGGAAAAGCUGGUAUCCGCAUAUGAUUGUCUUGCAGCUAGAUUUAGGAAAAUUUGCAAAAGAAAAGUGUUAGAACAAAUGUGUAGAGAAUCCAGAAGUACACCAAAGACCAAACAAAAGGACAAAAAAGAAGAAGGUAGCACUUUAGACCAUGACAUUAAUAAACAGCGAAAGAUACUAAAAGAAGUGAUUGAGGAGGCACACUUAAAAGAGAAGGCUUUUGUAAAGCAAGAGAUAGACAAGAUCAAAAUGCAGUGUCUGAAAAAAGUUUAUGAGGAACAGACACCUAAGCAAAAAGAAAAUUGUAAGGGGAAACAGAAAGAAGAGGAAAAACUAAAGCCUAUGAAGAACGCCUAUAGAAAAGAACAGCUUAAUGCACUCAAAGAUAUUCCGCAAACAAAGAUAACAGAUAAUCUUAUCAAAACACGACAGGACGAAACUCUUAUAAAUAAUCUAAAGAAAAAGUCUCUAAGGAGAAACUCGCAAGCUUCAUUUUCGUUUAACAAAAAGCAAAAAACCCUGAAUGCCAUGAAAAAAAGGGAAAAUAAUGAUUUUCAUUAUAAAUGCUACGAGAAAAAGAAUAAAGAAAAAGAAGAAGCUCUGCGAAAGAAAUGCGAAGAGGAAGCUCAUCAAAAGAAAUCAGAAGAGGAAGCCUUAACCAUAAAAUACGCUGGAGAGGCUCUACGAAAUAAAUGCGAAGAGAUCCUAAAGAAGAACUACGCUGAAGAAGCUCUACGAAAGAAAUGUAAAGAGGAAGCUUUAAAGAAAAAAUGUGCUGAAGAAGCUCUACAAAAGAAAUGCGAAGAGGAAGCCUUAAAGAAGAAAUGUAAGAAAGAAGCUUUACGAAAGAAAUGCGAAGAAAAGGCCUUAAGGAAGAAAUGUAAGAAAGAAGCUCUACGAAAGAAAUGCGAAGAAAAGGCCCUAAAGAAGAAAUGCGCUGAAGACGCUCUACGAAAGAAAUGCGAAGAAAAGGCCUUAAGGAAGAGAUGUGCUGAAGAAGCUUUACGAAAGAAAUGCGAAGAAAAGGCCUUAAGGAAGAGAUGUGCUGAAGAAGCUUUACGAAAGAAAUGCGAAGAAAAGGCCUUAAGGAAGAAAUGCGCUGAAGAAGCUCUACGAAAGAAAUGCAAAGAGGAGGCUUUAAGGAAGAAAUGCAGUGAAGACGAACUGCAAAGGAAACGUAAAGAGGAUGCAUUGAAGAAUGAAGCUAUAAAACGUGCUACCCAAAAUAAAUGUAAAAUUCAAGUUGAAAAGCGUAAAGAAGAUAUCAUUAAAAAAAGAAUUCAACAAGAAAAUAUGAUCAAGGAAAAAACACUCCAAAAUAUGAGCAAAAGAAAUGAGCGAAUGAAAAAAUGGGAAAAUCUUAAAAGGAAGAAAGAAAAUGAUGAGAAGAUUAUGAAGGAGAUGUGUGAGAAAAAGAAGCAGGCUGAAGCUUUGAAAAAGGAAGCUGAGAAACGCGCUGUUCAAAAAACAUGUAAAGCUCAAAUUGAAAAGCGGAAAGAAGAUACCAUUAAAAAAAGAUUGCAACUAGAAAAGAUUCGCAAGGAAAAAGCGUUCCAAAAUAUGUGCGAAAGAAAAGACCGAUUAAAAAAAUGGAAAGAUCAAGGCAAACAUAAAAAAAUGGAAGAGAAGAAAUUAAGGAAAAUGUGCUAUGAGCAAGAGCUUAAAAAAGAAUGUGAAAACCAACAAAAAAGAGAAGAGGAAAAACGUAUUCGCCUUCAAUUAGAAAAGGCUCUUCAGAAAAAAACCAAAAAGUUCUGUUCAUGUCUUUACAAAACACUUGGAGCCCAAGAUAUUCAACAAGGUUCUAAGGUAUCCAUCAUCGGUUCUGGAGCUGUAGGUAUGAGUAGUGCCAUCACACUUCUCUUAAAAGGUGUGACAAACAACAUUCUUCUUUACGAUACCAGAAAAGAUCUUUGCGAUGCGGAACGCUUGGACUUAUUGCAUGGUUCCUUAUUCCUGAACAAUUUACGCAUAGAAAAAGCCAAGUGCAUUGAGUGUACUAAAAACUCGAAAGUGGUUGUUGUCACAGCUGGACCAAGACAGAAACCUAAAGAGUCUCGACUAGAAAUAACAAACAAGGCGACGGACAUAAUAAAGAAAGUUAUGCCUGAACUAGUGAAACAUAGUCCUCGAGCUGUGUUUAUAAUUGUAGCGGAUCCUGCAGAUGCGAUGACUUGGCUUGCUCGAAAAGUAACCGAUUUGCCAUAUGAACGUUGUUUCAGUCCUGGUUGUUAUUUGGAUUCGGCGCGCUUUCGUAUGUUUAUUGCACAAAUCCUGAGAGUUUCAACCAAUUCGGUGCAAGGUUAUAUUAUCGGAGAGCAAGGCGAUAGUUGCGUACCUCUUUGGUCAACAGUCACUGUGGGCGGCACACCUUUAGUGUCUAUACUACCAGAUAUGGGCACCGAUACGGAUCCCAUGCUCUGGUCGAAUGUACACAAAGAUGUUGUAGACUCCUCUAAUACAGUGAUAAGAGGUAAAGGCUAUACCAACUGGGCCAUAGGCCUCGCUGUCGCGGAUAUUAUAUCGGCUAUCUUUAAGGACUGCAAUCGCAUUAUACCAUUAUCCACUAAUGCAAAGGGUAUGUGCGACAUUCAGGAUGAAGUAUUUCUAUCGUUGCCUUGUAUUGUCAAUAAAUGGGGUUUGGGUGGUGUGAUAUAUCCUCAGCUUUCGCAAUGGGAGCACGAUAAGCUAAUGAAAUCUGUUGAAAAAUUACUUAAGACUCAGAGAGAAGUUAAAUUGUAAUGUGAACUAAAUAUAAUCAUAUCGGAUUUUUGUUGACACUAUGCAAAACACAAAAUCACAUAAACAUAUUUUCAUUCUACAUUUUCAUAGAUCAUUCAGUAUGUAAAAUUUAAGAGCUUGAAUUUCUAUAGAUAAAGUUAUAUGUUGAUCUACCGACUUCAGAAACAAAGUUUAAUAUGUUACUUAUAAGUAACAUAGUAUAGUAGAAAUAGAAGAGAAAAUGCAAAUAUAAAUGCUGGAUUUUACAA